AUGGGAAACUGUUUUUCGUGUUUGCGCUCUAAGAGUACCAGUAGACCGGUGGCAGAUUCCAGUGACAACGAAAAUUUAGAUAAUGUACCAGACAAACGAGUUGAAGGUCUGGAUUCAAAUGAUUUAAAUCCCCCAGUGAUGGCCAUGAGCAAUGGAGCUCAUAAUGCUCCUGUUCUAGGAUCAGUGGGUAGUGAUAACUGUGGUAGCUUGCGUUCCUCGUUUACCUGUAAUCGUUUGACAUCUACUUUAAACAAGACCAAUAUAAGGUUGAAUAACUUUUCCACAAAAAGUUUCCAAACCAGGGUUCAAAAGUUAUUCGACAUGUACAAAGAUGCUGUUGAAGACUUGAUAUUAAUUGACGGAAUUGAAAGACUGUGUAGUGAUUUACAGAUGUCACCUGAAGAAUUCCGUAUCCUUAUAUUAGCAUGGAAAUGUGACGCUCAUCAAAUGUGUCGAUUUACUCGUGCAGAAUUUCUUAAUGGUUGUCAUGCACUUCAAGUAGAUUCUGUGUCAUUAAUGAAAAAUAAAUUGUCGGAUGUAGCAAAUGAUCUCAAUUAUAACACAGAGGAAUUUAAAAGCUUAUACAGGUUUACAUUUAAAUUUGGGUUGGACAAUGCUGUGGGACAGCGUAUUCUUCCAGUUGACACCGCCAUCAUAUUAUGGAAAUUGAUUUUUAAUGUCCGUGAACCAGAAAUAUUAGAACGUUGGCUGAACUUUUUGGAAAGCCAAGAUAAUAUAAGAGGUAUUCCUAAAGAUACAUGGAACAUGUUUUUAAACUUUGCUGAGUCUGUAUCCAAUGGGGAUCUUUCUAAUUAUGACGACACAGAGGCUUGGCCAAGCGUUUUUGAUGAUUUUGUAGAAUAUGAAAAUGAUCAAGCCAAUCAAAACAUUAGCGAAAAAGGAAUUGGAAAAAAGCAUGGCAGUGUACUUUAA